UAGACUGCGCGCUGCACGUGUUUCAAAAUUCGCGUGUGUUGCUGGUUUAUUCUCCUGGUCUGUGCGCUGAAAUUAACAAGAAACACACAGUUUAAGUAGCUCAAAAGAAGUAAUAAUAUCCCCACACAGUUGACCGGCUACCAAGGAAAUGGAGGUAAAUGCCAGCAAGCUACGAUUUUGUGCCCAGCGACUUCUACAGUUAACUGCCAACGAGACGCAAGACAAUGUGUUUGUUCAGAAUGUGCAAAAGUUCAUCAAGAAGCAGAAAUAUGUGCCACAAGACGUGGAGCGUCUGUUCAGCAGUCUCAGCGAGCAACUUGCGUGUCCCGCCUACACCGUGCCCCUGGCAGUUAGUUUCGAGGAGCAACUGUUGCUGCUCCUAAGCAUGGCCUUGCGAUGGGACCCUGCAGGCCACGAUCUCCAUCAAUAUCACAUGGAGUGCAUUGCCCUGUCAAAGUUAAUGGACUUCUCCGUUGAUGCCCAAAGAUUCGCUAAGAGCUACUUUCACAACAAGCCAGCUCCAUUCGAGAAGAACCAAAGUAAUGCCACUGUCCCCAGCAAAAAGGCAAAGAACGCAAAGGCUAACCAAAAGUUGGAUGAACUGCAGCUGCUGAGAUCUUGCUACCAGUUGCUGCGCAGUGACACGUCCUACUAUCGAGAGUUGUGGGACUGGUCUGGAUUUAUUACCACUUACUCGCACCUCAAGACCCCAUGCCCGAUGACACAGCUCUACUGCAAUCACAUCAUGGCCAUGCUCACGAACAUGAGCCCCACCCAGCUGAAUGAACAAAAUGCCAAAAUAUCCACAGACGCACAGCUUCGAUUCGAGCGGGAGAAGGAGCAGGCGUGGGCCAUGGCCAGGCAGGUCGAGAGCUGCUGCUAUGCCCCCGAUGAUGGUACGCCCGAGCAGAUGCUCAGCCUGAGCCCCAACCAGAGUGUGACCAACAUUGAAGGCGUGCUCUUGCCGACAUUCAAUGCGAAGAAUCAGGAAUUCUACGCCAGCACUGACGGCUGCUACGACCGCAUUGUCAAAGUGGACUCGACGAUUGUAAAUCUGCGGAGCAUUGCCCUUGGCGUCGCUGCAGCCAAGCCCAUUUGCCUCUCCGGUCCGGUGGGCUGUGGCAAGACGACUCUUAUUGAGUAUCUGGCCCGCAAGACGGGACGCAUUUGCCCCAAGCCAAAGGAGAUUGAAACGCGCGAAAAGGCGCUGCGCAAGGCCGAAGACGAUGACAAAUUGUUGACGCCGAAGAAAGGAAAAAAGGGGAAAGAAAAAAAGAGAAAACUAGUGGAGGAGAAGGAUCUACCCAUCGACCAGGCACUGCUGGAACUAAGUGAUGUGUCGCAAAAGCAUGGCUUUCUGCGUAUACAACUGGGCGAUCAGACCGAUAGCAAAAUGCUAUUGGGUCAAUAUCGCUGCACAGAUGUGCCCGGCGAAUUUGUUUGGCUUCCAGGUGUCCUCACGCAGGCUGUCAUGCAUGGCUACUGGCUGCUGCUGGAGGAUCUGGAUGCCGCCACCCAAGACACGUACACUAUUCUGAGCAGUCUGCUGGAGCGACAAUGCCUGAGUGUGCCCGGCUUUCGGGACUCUGUAAAGAUAGAGCCGGGCUUUCAGUUGUUUGUGACAGUGCGGACAAACAAAUCAGCUAGCAAUUCGGGGCAGAAAUCGCUCUACUCGCUGCUGGAUAAAUAUCUGUAUACGAUCAACGUACUGCCGCUCUCCCGCAACGAGCUGUGCAAGGUGGUGAGCACCAACUAUCCCAAGCUGGCGACUGUCGCCAAUCGAGUGGUGGACGUGUUUCUCACAUUCUCCAGUGGCAAUCACAUGGCUGCCGACAAUUUGCGCCAGCAGGAGUCAAACGACAAGGCGGACAAUACGGAAAAGUAUGUGGCGCUGCCCUUUGAGCAGGUCACACUCUCGUCCAGUCCCAACUCGGGACGUCUGGUCUCGACACGCGAUCUGGUGAAGCUCUGCCAGCGCUCGAAUGCCCAGUUCUCGGUGACCAGUGCCGAGUGUGCCUACUUUGUGUUCCAAAACGCAGUCGAUGUGUUUUGCUCGUAUCUCCCACAGAGCAAGGAGAAGAUUACGCUCAUCACGAGCAUCGGCGCCAAGCUGGGCAUCAUACGCUCCAGAUGCGAGCAUUUUGCCAACGAAUACAAACCGGAUGUGGAUUUUGGACUGGAUAUUAUCAAGAUUGGACGUGCUAGCCUGCUGGCCAAGUCGGAGCUGCUGUCCAACAAUGAGAAUGGGGAGGAGCAGAUCUCAGAGCAAGAUCUGAAGCGACAGAAACUAACCCAAAAGACCAGGAGGGCCAUCGGCCAGAGCAGCGUGAAGCGUGCCACCUUCUCGUUUACGCGCCUCGCCAGCUGCAUCUUGGAACGCAUUGCCGUGUGUGUGAGCCACUCGGAGCCCGUGCUGCUGGUGGGAGAAACUGGCGUGGGCAAGACCUCCUCCGUGCAGUACCUGGCCGAGCGCACCGAACACAAGUUGGUCGUGGUGAACAUGAACAACCAGUCGGAUGUCUCCGAUCUCGUGGGCGGCUUCAAGCCCGUCGAACUCAACUAUGUGCUGUCGCCGCUGCGCUGCGAGUUCGAGCAUCUGCUCUGCGAGACCUUCAAUGCGGAGAAGAACAUGCAGUUCCUGCGGAUCUUUGCCACGCACUACAACAGUGGCCGCCACAGCGUCAUCAUACGCACAAUGAUAAGCCUGUGCCAGCAGGUGUUCAGGAAUCCGGAUCUGAAGAGCCACCAGACGGUGCCGCGUUGGCGCACGCUGUCCGAGAAGUUGCAGAAGCUGCAGACGCAGCUGGACAAGAGCAUUAAUAUUUCGUUUGCCUUCAUACCCGGCUCCCUGGUGAACUGCAUCAGCAAUGGGGAGUGGGUGCUGCUGGACGAAAUCAAUUUGGCAUCGGCCGAAACGCUUGAGUGCCUGUCGACCAUUCUCGAGCCGGAGGGAUCGGUGGUGCUGCUGGAACGAGGCGACUUUACGCCCGUUAAGCGGCAUCCGGACUUUCGCAUUUUCGCGUGCAUGAACCCCAACACGGACAUUGGCAAGAAGGAUCUGCCCGUGGGCAUCCGUAAUCGCUUCACCGAAUUCUUUGUGGAUGAACUGACAACCGACGCAGACCUUAGUCUGCUGGUCAGCGACUAUCUGGUGAACACGGGCAUCCAGCGGAAAUCCGUGCACAGCAUUGUCCAGCUCUACAAGUCGCUGCGUCGCCUCUCGGAGCUCCAGCUGAACGAUGGCCUGGGCAAUCGUCCCGUCUACUCGCUGCGCACCCUUUGCCGCAGUCUGCGCAUCUGUGCGCGGAAUCUGUGCGGCUCCAUCGAGCGCAAUCUGUACGAGAGCUUCUGCCUUAGUUUUCUCACCCAACUGGACCCCGAGUCGCAUCAUGUGGUGCUGCUGCUCAUCCGCAAUGCGCUGCUGAGCAAUGCCAAGGCUGUGUUGAGCAAGCAGCUGCCCCGAUUGGGGGAGAACUAUUUGCAGUUCGAGGGCUACUGGGUGCAGCUGGGCGGCCUGGAGCAGCAGUCCUGCUCGCACUACAUCCUCACGGAGAGCGUGCAGAAGAAUCUGCAGGAUCUGGCGCGCAUCAUUUCGAUUGGCAAGCUGCCCAUCCUGCUCCAGGGACCCACCAGUGCCGGCAAGACCAGUCUGAUCGACUAUGUGGCCCGUCGCAGUGGCAAUCGGUGUCUGCGCAUCAACAAUCACGAGCACACCGACCUCCAGGAGUACAUUGGCACCUAUGCGGCCGAUCUAGAGGGCAAGCUGACCUUCCAGGAGGGUGUCCUGGUGCAGGCCAUGCGGCAGGGCUUCUGGAUCAUCUUGGACGAACUGAAUCUGGCCUCCACCGACAUUCUGGAGGCGCUCAAUCGCGUGCUGGACGACAAUCGAGAGCUGUACAUUGCCGAGACGCAGACGCUGGUGAAGGCGCAUCCCAAUUUUAUGCUCUUUGCCACACAGAAUCCGCCGGGACUCUAUGGCGGCCGCAAGACCCUUUCGCGUGCCUUCAAGAAUCGCUUCAUUGAGCUGCACUUUGCGGACAUCCCACGCGUCGAACUGGAAACCAUUCUCGAGAAGCGCUGCCUCAUCCCGCCCUCGUACGCGCGCAAGAUGGUCCAGUGCAUGACGCAGCUGCAGCAGCAUCGCAAGAACACCGCAAAGCAAGUGUUCACCCUGCGCGAUCUCUUCCGCUGGGGCAACCGCUACACGCAUGCGGACAAGUCGCUGCACGACGAUCUGCGCUAUGACUGGAAUCAGCAUCUCGUCGAGGAGGGCUACCUGGUGCUGUCCGCCAAGGUGCGCACCCCCGACGAGCAUCAAUUGAUCGAGCGAACGCUGCACGCGAACUUCAAGAAGAUCAUCGACCACCAGCGGCUCUUCGACAUUCAAACGGAUCGCGAGAGCAGCUCUCCCGUGAGCAGGCACAUCCUGCAGGCCAUACGCAACUUUAAGCUGCGCGGAGACAUCGUGUGGACGAGGAACAUGACCCGCAUGGCCGUGCUGACGGCCAAGGCGCUGGAGUUCGAUGAGCCAGUGCUGCUGGUGGGUCCCACGGGCUGUGGCAAGACCACUGUCUGCCAGCUGCUGGCCAGCAUAGCCGAGGUCCAGCUGCGGAUACUCAACUGUCACAUGCACACGGAGGGCGCGGACUUUCUGGGCGGCCUAAGACCCUGCCGCGGCGCGGAUAGCACGCAGCUCUUCGAGUGGGCCGACGGACCGCUCAUCUAUGCCAUGCAGGAGGGCUCCUACUUCAUGGCCGACGAGAUAUCGCUGGCCGAGGACUCGGUUCUCGAGCGUCUCAACUGCAUACUCGAGACGGAGCGCACCGUUCUGCUGGCCGAGAAGGGCGGCGUCAGUCCCGACUCUGACUCUGACUUUGUGGUGCAGGCCAAGGCGGGUUUCCAGUUCCUGGCCACCAUGAACCCGGGCGGAGACUUUGGCAAGAAGGAACUCUCGCCUGCGCUGCGCAAUCGCUUCACCGAGAUCUGGUGCCUGCCCUCCGACAACAAGGCGGACCUCAUCGAGAUCGCCCACAACUGCAUGGCCCGACAAGACCCCGCAUCCAGCCGCAAAGUGGCCGAGUACCUGGUGGAAAUAGUGCUCUACAUGCGUCAAUCCAAUGACAAGUUUCGGUUCUCUGUGCGCGACAUUCUCGCUUGGGCCAAUUACAUUGCAAGCAAUCGACAGCUGAGCUUCGCGGAGCAGGCCAUCUUUGGGCUGGAGACCAUCUUUCUGGACGCACUGGAAAUGUUGUUGCACGAGCCGCAGACCCAAGUGGAGCAGCUGAAGCGCACGAUCAUCGAAGAGGCUAUCAAGCAGGCUGCCCUGAUCCUAGACGAGCACUUUACCCUCGAGGAGGUGACGCAGAAGCGGGGCGAUCGAGUGGAGUUGGAUGCGGCCAGCUUUGGGUUGCGUCCCUUCUUCAUUGCUGUCAACCAGGAGCGAAGCUUGUCGCCCGCCAAGCACGAUGCCGGCUUCUUCUUUGAUGCCCCCACCACCAAGCAGAAUCUAUUCCGUCUGCUGUCGGCGCUCUCACUGCAAAAGCCCGUGCUGCUGGAGGGACCGCCAGGCGUGGGCAAGACAUCCAUUGUGGAGAGCAUCGCGGCGGCCAUUGGCUACCAGAUUGUGCGCAUCAAUCUGUGCGAGCACACGGACCUGGCCGAUCUCUUUGGCACCGAUCUGCCCGCGGAGGACAAUUUGCUGGAGACCAACAGGCAGGAGGCUGCAACGAAGUCAGCCAUUGGCAGCUUUGUGUGGCGCGAUGGCCCCCUGUUGGCCGCUCUGAAGGCUCACAAUACCUGGAUACUGCUCGAUGAGCUGAAUCUGGCGCCCCAAUCCGUGCUGGAAGGACUCAACGCUGUGCUGGAUCACCGCGGAGAGGUGUACAUACCCGAGCUGAACAAGAGCUUCCAUCUGGCUGGCAGCACGCGCAUCUUUGCCUGCCAGAAUCCCCUCAAGCAGGGCGGCGGACGCAAGGGCUUGCCCCAAUCGUUCCUCAAUCGCUUCACCAAGGUCUACCUGCGCAAGCUGACCACCGAGGAUCUGCUGCAUGUGGUGCAGGUCAAGUACGGCGAAUACUUUGAGCAAUUGGGCAGCCAUUUCAGCUCACUGUUGGAACCAGACAGCCCCAUCCAGGGCAACCUCUUUGACGUGUACAAUUGCAAGGCAACCAGCAAUGAGGAGAAUUCUCCAAACAGUUUUGAUUUGGCCGCACGUCUGGUGCGCUUCUCGGAGCAGCUGGAUGCGGGUGUGGCCACCAUGGAGUUUGGCUACCGCGGCGGACCGUACGAGUUCAACUUGCGCGACAUCCUCCGCUGGUGCGAUCUGCUGCACAAUCCCCAAACGGGCUACAUCAUCAAGGCCACGCCUCAAACUUCCUUUCGGUCCGCCUUUCGUGAGUUUCUCCUCACACUGUACGAACGCAUGCAGCUGGUGUACUAUCAGCGAAUGCGCUGCGACCAGGACAAGGUCUACAUACGGAACGCCUUCGCGAAUGUCUUCCACUGCGAUGCGGAGCAACUGAAUGCGGUGGCCGAGGAUGUGGCUCUGUACUGGACGGCAGACAGGGUGUAUCUAAAUGAUGUGGUGCUGCAGCGGGAACAGGCCGACAGCCUGGACAUGGCUACGCAGCAGGAGCAAAACGCUCCACUGCUGCUGCAGAGUCAGCGGCAGUUGCUCAAGCAAAUUGUGGAGACGGUGCACAUGGAGAAGCCGCUGCUGCUCUGCGGCGCCACGGACAGUGGCAAGACCAAGCUGAUUGACGCUCUGUGCGUGCUCUCGAAUCGUGUGUGCAAUACGGACAUCAUUGAUGACUCUGUCACGGGCAGUUUCCAGCAGAUUGAUCUGAAUCGCCAUCUGGAAGCCAUUUACAAGCGCGUGGAGUCGCUGGUAUUUGCCUCUGUGCAGCGGGCAUUCGUGCAGCGUACAGACACAGACUUUGUGCAGCAAUUGUGGAGCUGCUGGAGCAAGUACAACAUGCUGGGCAAAGUAACAGAAGAAUCCCAGCACGGCAGCGUGACCGAUGAGCUGCAGUUCUUUGGCAAGCGGCUGCAUGCGCUCGGCCUGAUCAUUCAGAAGCUAGAGGAAACGCCGGCGAGCUGCCAAGUGGCGGCAUACCAGCAGCUAAGUGAAAUCGGGUCCCAAUUCAUGGUGCUACAGGGAUACAUCAGGAGUGCGGAAUCGCUCAACACGGGCGGCUCCUUCGAGUGGGUGGACUCGCGCAUUGUGACGGCGCUGAAGUGCGGCCAAUUCAUGUUGCUGGAGCACGUGAAUCUCUGCUCGUCGGCUGUUUUGGAUCGCCUGAAUCCGGUCUUUGAGCCAAAUGGAAAUCUGCUGAUUGCCGAAAAGGGCAUCACAGCCCAGGAUAGCGCUGAGGUGGUCCACAAAUCACCGAAUUUCCGAGCCUUUCUCACCAUCGAUCCCAAGAAUGGGGAACUUUCGCGGGCGAUGCGCAAUCGUUGCGUGGAGCUGUCAUUGUCCCGGGAGGAGUACACCAUGGACGACAUGCGCGCGUUCGUGCACGGCCAGGGCGUGCACCAAACGGAGGCCAUUGACUGCAUUCUGGACAUACAUCGCGGCAUAAGCAGCCUCACCGAGUUCAACAGCUACUCCAUCUCGCAUCUCACGCAAUUGGCCUUUCUGAGCGCCGCUUAUCGGCGCAUUGGCUAUCAGCUGAAGCGUGCCAUCUAUGUGGCUGCCAUGGAGGUUUAUGUGUACUCGGCCAAUACGGAUCUAAUGGGCUACGGGCUGUCCUACUACCAGAACAAGCUGCGCGAAGUGGUGCUCGCACGCACGGAGCUCUACAAGGGAGAGGAGACAACCGUCGUUGAGGAGGAUCUGCUCAGAGAUGCCAUCAUCAGCACGGGUAACCUCAACUCCCUAAAGCUAAUCAAACUCCAGGCGGUGGCUCUGCGCGUGCUGCUCCGUGCUUUGUCCCAGGAGCAGACUGAGGUGCCGCAGCAGCAGCUCGCGGCGCUCUUUCAGCGCAUGGAUGCUUUGGACUUGAGUGGACUCAAGCUGCAGGAGCUGUGCCGUCACUUUGUCUACAUGCUGUACGAGUCGUCUGCCUUUGGGGAUCUCCAGAUGCGACAUCUCUACCUGCAGCCGUGGCUCACAGAGCAGUCGAAGGAGAUGCAAGAGUUGGCGGAGAAAUUAUGCAACUGUCUGGGCGAGCAUGCCGGGCAGGGCGGAGAUUCACUGCUGCUAAAUCUGCCAUGGAACAGGAAGCUCUUUCCCCGUCUGCGCGACUAUGCGACGGCGGGAGAACAAACGUCAACUGCGGAUACCUUAACGAUCAGUGCCUCGCUGCUGGCUCGACUGCUGCUCCAAGAUGUGCCCAGCUGCAGGCAGGCAAACGUGCAGCUGAUGGGCGCCCUGCAGUAUUCGCAGGCUCUGAGCGAGCAGAAGGUUACAGAGAAAUACGCGAAUGACUUGCUGGCGAACCUUGGGCAGUUCCUUGAGGCUCUGCACCAGGGAUUGCUGCAAGAGUUGGCCGCAGCACGCUUGGAUCUGCCACAGUAUGCACAGCUCGUGACGAGAUUCCACUGGUUUAAUCGCCUGCUGGCCACAGCGCAGCAGAAGUUGCUCUACAACAAUGAGAUCUUUGUGCCGCUGAUGCACAAGUUGGUGCUGCAUUUCCAGUGGCUGCAAAAGCAUCUGCUGGCACCCCUCUGGUCGGACUUGAAUGGACAACCAGCACUGGCGGAGAGUGUGCAGAAGAUCAACGAUUAUGUGGCGGAGACGCGUCGGCCGCUGAAUAUAUCCUGCAAGAUCUACGGCAAACAGUUUACACAGUUCCAGCCCUACUAUCUGGAUGAGCAGAUCAAACUACACUUGGAUCUGGAGCAACUUGAGCGCGAGCUGAGCGUGGUGCCUUGUUAUGGCAGCUUGGAGGAGCCAGUCUGGCUGCGGAGAUGGCUGGCCCUGCUGUCGGAUGAGUCGCACAAGUGGCGCUCGUUUCAGCGCACGCACACGCAGCGCUUUGCCUUGAAAACAUUCGAGCUGAGUGGUUCGCUGGCAGAUGCCAAUGCUGGGCUACAAUCGUCGCUGCAAAAACUGCAAACGCUGCUCAAGGAGCAAACAGAAAGCAGUCUGGAGCAUGCGGACCUGGACCUUGAUGCACUCAAGACCUUGUUGACUGCCACAGAUGAGGAGGAGGAGCAGCAGCAGCAGAACCAAGCAGACAUCGCUUCGCCGCAGCUCUUGAUGGCUGCUCUAAGGGAGUUCUUCAUGGAGCGCCUGUUGACGGGCACGUGGCGUGAGGACUCUGAUGACCAAGUAAAUCCCAUGUACACGGAGCAGUUGCUAACGCUAAAUGGCCAUCUGUGGCAGUGCCUGAACAGCCUGGACACGGCCACUCACGCGCAGAUCCGCAGUGUCUGGCAGGAGCUGUGGCAGGAGUUGGAUGGCCAGGACUUUGGCUCGCUUCUGGAGCGGCUGGGAGGCAGCUACAAGGGACUGCGCACGUAUCAGCGGCAGUACCGCAACGCCCUGCAGUGCUACCAGCUGGACAAUCUGUCCACGCGCCUUGACUGCGUGUGGGGACCCUCCUCCGCCGCGGAUGAGAAGGAUCUCUCCAGUCGCUACAGCUACCAGGGACCCGCAUUGACCAGUGUCCUGCUGUCGCUCAUCUGCCAGAAGAACGGCCAGCUGCGUUCGGUGCCCAUCAGCCAGCUGCAAACGUGGCGCUCCUCGCUGCAACAGACGCGCCAGCUGCUCUGGCAGAACUCCACGCUGCUGGCAUCCCGCUACAGUGCACGGGCCAACAACUGGUGGCAGGCGCGCGAGAGUGGCAGCCAGCUGCUGAAGGAGCUGGAGUACGUGACGCAACUGAGUCGCGGGGCACAGAAAUCCGACGCGGGCUUUGAGCGUUGCAGCACCGAACUCAGCGCAAUGAUCGGCCAACUGCGGGCAAGCGAUGAUCCACAGGAUUCCCUGACGUCCGCCUUCGAUGUGGCCUUCACCCAUGCCCUGGUGGGAGCUCUGGAACUGUGCCUGCUCACCCACGCGCCGCUGAUCGAUCCCGUGGAGAAGAAUCGCCUGAAGAACCAAUACAUAACCGAGGACAUUGACUGCCUGCGGAGUCUGACCACCGCCUACGACUUUAUGGGAAUCAUCAUGGACUACCGCCACUUUGGGGAGGAGAUUCACACGGAGCUGGUGCAGCGCCUGCAGGCGGCACGCCAGCGACAGCAGCAACUCUCCCAGAAGCUCGCCCUGCGUCCCGAUCAGUGCCUGUACGCCGCUCUAGUGCAGGAUUUGACGCAUUUCCUCCACUCGAAUGGGGACUGCCAGACGCUGUACAACCUGCUGUGCGUCGUGCGCACCGAUUGGAGCAGUUUUGUGGGUGCCCAGGUGGCCAGCAGUGGCCAGCAAAAGAGCACCAGCGAGACGCUUGGCAAGCUGCAGCUGUGGCUGGCCAAUGCCCAGAGAUUUGUCCACCACACGCUCACCCGCUACACCGGCUACUACCAGGACUUUGUGGAGCCCAUCAAGUGUGCCGUCAAUCAGCUGCGCUUCGGUUUGGAGACGCUGAAAGUGAUCUUUGCACGAGUGCUGCAGGCGGGCAAUGUGGCUAGGGCGGAGCAGCUGCAGCAGACCAUCGCCGAGAUUGUGCAGUUCCCCUCCCAGCAGCCGCUACGCACACGGAACAGCCAUCUCUAUGGACUGCUCUCGGAGCUGCCGCACUCGGAGCACGAGUACUUCCGCCUGCUGAAGGCCAAGCUCAGCGAAUUGCGCAACUACAUCGCCCUGGCAGCGAGCAUCGACGAGGCAAGCUUUGCGGCCUACGACGAUGCGCUGAGCAUCUGCAACCAGACAUGGCAGCAGGAGGAGCAGCGUCGCUGCCAGCUCAAGGCAGAGGCGGAGAGUCUGUACGUGACCAAGAGCCGCGGCGGCGUGGACAGCGAUGAGCUGGUGGAGCUGCAGGAGAUUGAGGAGAACUUCCCCACCCAUCUGGAGGAGGACUUUGCUGAGUUUCUGGCCCAGCCCACGCUCGAGCAGGUGCUGAAGCUCGACAAGCAGACCGACAGCAAGGCGAAAUUGUCGCAGAUUGUGGCCGAACAGGAUUACGCCUUUCUGGCGCGCAACUUUAUCGAGGUAAUGGCACGCCACACGCCCGUCUACUACCGCGAGCAGCCCAAGGACCAGACAGCAGCAGCGGCAGAGCUCCACUUCCUGUCGCCCUACUUGGCCCGCUUCCAGGUCUUUGCCCAUCUGCAUGGCCACUACCGAACCGCUCUGGGCGCCGCGUUGGACGAGAGCGCCUGCAACGGCCUGGCCUUUGGGCUGGCCUUGCAACAGCGCCAGCUGCGUGACAUCGACUUGCAGGAGGAGGUGGGAGGAGCACGCAAGAGCCAGCCGUACGACUACUACAAAGACUCGAACAUAGCCGAGGUGCAGGGCUGCAUGGACGUGCUGGAGCGCAUCGAGCGGCGAGUGGUGGAGCAACUGGAGCUGUACCCAGAGCACGCGGGACUGGCGGACAUUCGACUGGUGAUUGGCCGCAUCCGCAAGCUGCCCGCCCACGCCUGUGUGGUGCGCUUCAACACGGGCUUCCAGCUGCUACGCCAGAAGGUGGCCCUCUGGAACGAGGUGGCCCACCGAAAGAACAAUCUCGUGCCCGAGGAGCUGGAGGUGGCCGAGUUUGUGCAGCGAUGGACCAAGCUGGAGCUGCAGCACUGGCGCCAGUGCCUCAACCAGACCGCCGAGCAGGUGGAGCUGCAGGCCCAUCGCUACUGGUUCUUCAUCUACAAUCUGCUGCAGCAGUUCAUCCAGCAGAAGAAGCUGGACCACUCCUACACGGACAUAAAGUUUGCCGAGCAGCGCUUCGGGCAGGACCAGCUGCUGGACGCCCAGGAUCUGGGCGAGGCCAGCCGCGUCGAGCUGCCCCAAAUGGUGCGCAUCCUGCGGCAGUUUGUAGAGGCCGCCGCCUACGGCGACUUCCAUGUGCGCCUGCAGCUGCUCCACGGCUUCGAGAUGUAUCUGCACAACGUGGAGCGGGCGGGCAAGAUUGAGGGGCUGCCUCCACUGAUUGCCGCGCUGCACAAUCUCCAACUGUACUUUUCACAGUUUGCGGGCGAGGUGGCGGAGAGCGUGAAGGCGCGCCGUGCGCCCAUCGAGAAGAAACUGCGCGAAUUCGUCAAGAUUCAGAGCUACAGCAAGGACCUGAGCUACUUCAGCAUGCGCAACAAUGUGGCCGGCGUGCACCGGAACCUGAACAAGUUCCUCAAGGAGUACAAGCUGGCGCUGCAGGCGAAGAUCAGCGAGGUCUUCCAGCCCAAGGAUGCCACCGCCAAGGACUACGCUUUCGGCAACGAGAAGGCCAAGAAUCAGCGGCACCUCCACAAGAUUAAGUCCCUCCUCGCCGAUCAGCCGGGCUGCUUUGUGGCCAGCGAGCAGCUGCGCGACAGCUUCUCCCUCCGCGCGGAGCAUGUCGCCGACAAUGCGCUGCUGCAGCGACUGGACAAGCACUUUGCCACCGCCCGGCAUGUGGUGGAGGAAACGCUGGCGCAUGUGCCCUACGGGAAGCUGAUCACAGAGCUGGACGAGCUGCUGACCGAUCAGCUGGAACGCUGCGAGCAUCUGCGCGCCCUCAACGUAGAUCGCAGCAAGGAACGACCGCAGCAGAAGCUGCAGGCCAAGCAGAUACUCCAGCAGAAGCGCAAGGCGCUGACGGACCUCUUCAAGACCCUCCAUCGGCUGGGCGUCAGCUACAAGACGGGCCUCAUGGAGCUCUCGCUGCGCACCGACUUCGAGGACUUUGCACUGCCGCCCUACUGCAUCCGGGCCAUGCUGCCGCGCCUCCAUCCCAGCUGGCAGCAUCUCAACGAGCAUCUGGACCUGUACUUCAUGAAGAGCGUGUUCAAGCUGAAGCUGCUGCAGAACAUUAUGCUGACGCCGCUCUCGGAGCUGGGCCCGCCCAAUAUCGAGCGCAUCAAGGGCUUUGCCGUGGACAUGUUUCUGCUGGUGCAGCAGCAGCGCCAGCAGCUCUCCGAUGCCACACGGCAGCUGCACGAACUGCGCAACGCCUUGGCCAAUCUGCGACAGGUGGCCGAUGCCAGGGAGCGGGCAGAGACUGAUCUGCAGUCGCUAGACUUUGCCCGCAGUGCGGAUUUGGGUGCAGAGAUGAAGCAGAAGCUCUGCCAGAUCCACUAUGUCCUUAGGCAGUGGCAGCUGCUGCUCAGCUGUGCGCCGCCAAAUCUUGCAUCGUCGGAGGUCAAUGAGCAUCGCGCUCUGGAACGGACAGUGCCUCUGGCGCAGUCGCAGCUCGCGGAGCUGUGCGGGCAGAUACUGGCGAGCAGCCAGAAGCUGCUGCACGAGCUAAACCACACCAGCCUCGAGUUUGUGUCCGCACACAAGAUGGAGCAACACCAGAGGGGCUACCGCCAGAUACUCGAGACAAUUGAGAAGAUCCUCGCGCUGCUGCGUACCGAUUCGAAUGCCCAUCUGCCUCUGGCUCAGCCGCUGCUGGAACUGCUAACCAGCCAGAAGGUGGAGACACACGCUGAGCUCGGGCAGGCGCAGGCGGACCCCAUAGAUGUGUCCAAUGCGGACACGGAACUGGCCAACAUUGCCCACAGCGUGCUGCUGUCGCUGCAGAAGAUCUACAAGCAGCACGGCCAAGCGCAGGAGAACGGCAAGGAGCAGCAGGAGCAAACGGAGGCACUGCAGGAGCAGCAUCUGACAAAGUGUCUGACCAGCGAUCUGGUGGCAGACUGGCAGCUGCUCAGCCUGCCACGCGUUCUCGAGAAGCUCUCCAAUGUGCUGCUGGUGCUUAAGCAUGCCCAGCCCAGUGCCGAGAAGCUGCUGUGCCUGCGUCGUGCCGUGGCGCUGAUACCCAUCCUGGAGCAGUAUCAGCUGCUGGCCGACUAUCUGCUGCUGCAGCAGCUGGGCACGCACAAGGUUUCGGCCAAGAUGAUGUCCGUGAUGCUGACGAUAUUCGUGGAGAUUGGCAGCAAGGGAUUCUGCGUGCCGCCCGAUCUCAUGCAGGACGAGGAGGGGCAGUCGAAGCAGGACUCAAAGACUGGCGAGGGCUUUGGGCUGGAGGAUGGUACGGGGGAGAAUGAUGCCUCGGAUAAGAUCGAGUCUGAGGAUCAGCUGGACGAUGCCAAGCGGCCGGAGGAUCGCAAGGACGAGGACGAGAAGCAGGAGCCCGACUGCAAGGAGGAGAAGGGCAUCGACAUGAGCGACAACUUCGAUGCCAAGAUGCAGGACGUGGAGAAGCCCGAGAACGAGGAGGAUGACAGCGGCGAGUCCGAGGACGAGGACGAGCUCAACAAGGAAAUGGGCGAGACGGAGGAGGGCGCCGAGAAGCUGGACGAGCAGAUUUGGGGCGACGACGAGGAGAAGCCCGAGGAGGAGGAGCCCGAACUCAACGAGGAGGAUCAGGGCAAGGGCACCAAGGACGAGAAGGACACGCACAAUGAUCUGGACACCAAGAACGAGGCCGCCAAGGAGGAUGGCCAAGAUGAGCACGAAAAGGAUGGCCUGGAUGCCACCAACGAGCCGGGCGACAGCGAGGACAAGCGCAAGGAGCAGGCCAAGGACAUCGAUGACAUGAAGGAUCCGGAAAUGGACGAGGAGCAAACAAAUGCCGUCCACAACGAGCUGGAGGAGCCGCCAGAGCCCGAGGAAAUGGAUCUGGGCGACAUGAACAACGUCGACGAGGGCCACGACGAGGCGGAGGAGCCCACCGACGAGAACCCCUUCGACAUCGAUGCCAUGAAGGAGAACAUGCAACCGGCCGAGGAUGCCGAUGGCGAGGCCGAGGAAGAGCCAACUGAGCAGGACGCCGAUCCACAGAGCGAUGGCAGCGACUCUGAAGAGGAAGCGGAAGCGGGCAAGGAGGCGGACGCUGAUCGUAGCCAAAAUGGCCCAGAAGAUGAGGCAGACGAAGCCACAGCGGAAGACGAAAAGGAGGAGCCCACCACCCAGACGCGUGGCGAAGAGGAGGAGAAACCCGCCGAUGCCGAGGAACCGGAGGCAGAGGAAGCCGAAAAGCGCGAGGAGAAGCCGGAGCAGCACACGCAGUCGCUGGACAAGUCCAGCAAGGAGGAGAAUGUGCAGUCCGUGCCGGAGACGGAGAAGAGCAGCUCGGCGGACCAGGUGCAGCAGCCACAGGAUCAGGAUGUCAAGCAGGAGCAAAAGAUGGAUGAGCAGGAAACGGGCGAGGAGAAGGAUGGCGUUGGCCAGGCCGAGAACGAUACGAACGAUGGCGGCCACCAGGGCGUAGCCGAGACCCAGGAGACUGUGUCCCAGGAGGAGCGCAAGAACGAGAAGCAGACGCAGGAGAAGCGCAAGCAGGGACGCACCAACGAGGAGCGCACGCUGGGUGAAGCGGAAAAGAAUAAAUUGAAGCAACUGAAGACCAUUGACCAGAUGAAGGAGUCCAACGAAAAGGAAGAGUCCGAACAGCAGCAGCAGCAGGAGGAAACAGAUCCCGCCGAGGCAGAGGAGUACCAGCAUGUCAAGGAGCCAAAGAACAGUGACAAGACUACGCUGGAUAAUGCCACCGAAGAGCAAUCGAAGAAGAUCCAGAACCAGGAGGAUGAUGAGGCGCCCACUGAGGAAACAGAAGCGGAUAAUGCCGAUGAAUUGAUGGACACCGAAGAGCCAGCAGUCGAACAGGAGGAAGGCACACAGCUCGAGCAGCUGGGGGCAGAGAAGACGGAGCAAAAGUCCGAUAAACCAUCCAAAACGGAGCAGUCCAAGGAACGUCUGGAGACACCCGAGGGCAUGGAGAUCGAGGGUGAAGUGGUGCCCACAAUGACAGUGCCACGCAGCGCAGAGACGACGGCGCACAGCAACAUCGAGCUGCUGAUGGACAAGAGCGCACAGGCGGAGGAGCUAAGCACGGGCCAGCAAAUAGAAUUGCGACAAAUGUACCAGCAACAGUUGACCACAUUCCGCGGUUCUCAACCGCAACACGAGGACUACGAGAACUGGCAGAGUAUAUCCAGUCGCAUGACCCAGAACGCGCGCGAACUCUGCGAGCAGCUGCGUCUCAUCUUGGAGCCCACGAAGUGCACGCGCCUGAAGGGCGACUAUCGCACCGGGCGACGCAUCAAUAUGAAGAAGAUCAUUCCCUACAUUGCGUCCCAGUUUCGCAAGGACAAGAUCUGGCUGCGACGCACGAAGCCUGCGCAGCGUGACUACAAGAUUACGAUUGCCAUUGACGAUUCCAAGUCGAUGCAUCACAACAAUUCCAAAACGCUGACCCUGGAGGCAAUCUCACUGGUCUCGCAGGCCCUCACACUGCUGGAGAGCGGCCGCCUGAGCAUUGUCUCGUUCGGUGAGGCGCCCCAGAUCAUCCUCAACCACACGGAACAGUUCGAUGGUCCGCGUUUGGUGAACGCCUUAAACUUUGCUCAGGACAAGACGAAAAUUGCUGGACUGCUGGACUUUAUGCGCACCGCAAAUUCGGAGGAGAGCGGCCUGGGCGGCGACAAUGGCCUGUUUGAGAAUCUGCUGCUCAUUCUCAGCGAUGGACGCAACAUAUUCAGCGAGGGCGCCCAAAAGGUGAAGAGUGCCAUCAAACUGGCACGAUUGCAGCGCAUCUUUCUGGUGUACAUCAUCAUUGACAAUCCCGACAAUAAGAACUCUAUACUGGACAUACAGCAUGUGGCAGUGAAUGCCGAUGGUUCGGUGAACAUUAGCUCGUAUCUGGACAGCUUUCCGUUUCCCUACUACGUGAUUGUGAGGGAUCUGAACCAGCUGCCGCUGGUGCUCAGCGAAGCCAUGCGGCAGUGGUUUGAGCUGGUGAACAGCGAGUAAUAGCUUGACCUGUACAGCACUACAAACUGUAUCAUGAAGAUACAUAUGUUUGCCUUAAUUGGCACAUAUUUUUUAAUAGGCUUAAGUAGAAAUUGUAUAUCUGUAGAUGGAUUAGUUUAAGCGUAGCUUUAAGUGCACAUGCUGCUAACAUUAUUCCCUUGUAAUAAAACACAUCCCUCUAAA